GUCUACUUCCCUUUCCAAACAAACCUCAGUUACCUGUAGUAAUGCAUGUUGAAGAGCAGUGCAGCAACACAGUGCAAUAUACCGAACCAGCUCAGCGUCAACUAAGCGUGAUACGACAUGUUGAAAAGCAGCAUACCACUCCUAUGCAAUAUACUGAACAAAUCACACCUGCUACUGCAACAUGUGUUUCGGACGAUUCGGAAGGGUCAGGUGUUUACACACCUCGAUCUUCGCAGUAUGAAUCUGAUGACAUGAACAAAAAACUGAACAUUAUUCUGCAUAAAUUAAAUAAAAUCGAAAAUCAAUUACAAUUAUUAGAACAAAACCAACAAGCAAAUCCAUCACUGGUUCCUUCCAAAAUUUUCCGUUAA